CGUGGCGUUGGUAGCAAGCGGUGGAGCUGGUGGCACUGUGUUUAGGGCAGUGCAGGUGUGCGUUUAUACAGCAGAGUCAUCGUCAAUGGAAGACGUUACCGAGGCCGAGGCGACGGCGGGCUUGGAGCUGGGCUCCCUCCUGGACGCCGGGGAGUGCGCCGUGGUGACCCUGGGGGCGGGGGAGACGCGGUUGGUGGCGCACAGGGCCGUACUGGCUGCGAGGAGUCCAGUGUUGGGCGCCCUGGUCCACCAGGACAUGCUGGAUGUCAGCGGCGACCACAUCGACCUCACAGAUGUCGAGGGCCCGGUGCUGCGCCACCUGGUCUCCUAUUGCUACACCCUACGGGCUCCGCAGCGGCCGAGUGUGGCCCCACAACUUCUGGUAGCUGCAAAGAAAUACGGCGUCUCGGGGUUGAAAGUGGAGUGUUUGCGAACUCUAGAAUCAUCCUCAAUGGGACGCGUUUUGGAGGCUGAGGAGACGGCGGGCUUGGACCUGGGCUCCCUCCUGGACGCCGGGGAGUGCGCCGUGGUGACCCUGGGGGCGGGGGAGACGCGGUUGGUGGCGCACAGGGCCGUCCUGGCUGCAAGGAGUCCAGUGUUGGGCGCCCUGGUCCCCCAGGACAUGCUGGAAGUCAGCGGCGACCACAUCGACCUCACAGAUGUCGAGGGCCCGGUGCUGCGCCACCUGGUCUCCUAUUGCUACACCCAACGAGCUCCGCAGCGGCCAAACGUCAUCCCACAACUUCUGGUAGCCGCAGACAAAUACGACAUUUCGGGGUUGAAGGGAGUGUGCGAGGAGCAGCUGGCCACUCAGCUGUCAGUGGAGACCGCAGCGUCCACAGCUGUGCUCGCCGUCAGGCACUCCUGUCCCAGCCUCAUAGCGGCCGCCCUCGCCUUCAUAAAGGCUAACCACGAAGUGCUGGCCACGCAGGGUUGGUCCGAUGCAGUGCUCCACCGGCCCGAAGAUGCAGUCGAAGUGAGUCGGCUGCUCGGUGAGAUGGCACGAUUCAGGAACUUGUCUGCAGAAGAGAAAGCCAAGAGGUUGAUUCGAGCAGCUCAGGAGGGGACGGUGGAGGAGCUGCAGGAACUGCUGUCUGCGGGGGCGGAUGUGGGGGUGAGGGACAAGAAUGUGUUGAGGCAGACCGCUCUGCACUAUGCAGCUGCCAAAGGACACGUGGAGGUGGUGAAGUGCCUGUUGGAGGGUGGAGCAGAGGUGGACUCCAGAGACACAUGGCAGGAGACACCUCUGCACAAGGCUGCAUACAACGGCCAUACAGGUGUGGUGCAGUUGCUUGUGGCGUCCAGUGCUGACCCAAAUGCCAGCAAUUGUUGUGGGUGUAUGCCGCUGCACUUUGCAGCAGAUCGUGGCCACACAGAGACUGCAGCUGCACUGCUGGAAGCGGGAGCCGACAGGCUGGCGAGCGAUAAAGAUGGGAACACUCCCAAAUACUUCGCUGAGCGUAAAAACCACCAUCAACUUGUACAGAUGCUAACAUAAAGCUGCUAGUUACAUGAACAUCUGUGGAUAAAACAAAGCUUUCUACAGGAUAUUGUUUCUUAAGUAAAGACAAAAAAUUAC